GUGUCAACCAAUCUCUGAUUGGCUCCUGGUGAUGAUACCAGCAGAAUUUAACCCCCCUGCGCCAUUCUGAUCAAUACUCCAUGGCAGAUUAACACGACAGUGAAGAUGAAAGAAAUAUUUUGUAUUUUUGCGGCCCUCGUACUCUGUGGACUUGUUUCGGGUGGACCAGCAGGGACGGAGUUUGCUCUGUCGUUCAUGCAGAACAGCCAACUGGGCACUAACAGCGCCUCUACUCGUCUGAUGCUGGACAUUUCAAAUCCUUCCAAAUUAUCCGCCAAUGUGAAGGUAACUGCUCUGGGAAAAAUCUUUGAGCAAACCAUCCAACCAGGUCAGGGUGCCACAUUCCAGCUGCCUAGCGGUGUGGAGAUCAGUGGCACCACAACAACCUAUCAGACGGUUCAAGUGCUGUCUGACCAGAAAAUCCUGGUGUCGUCCUUCAACUACAAGCUGUACUCCUCUGACACAUCAUUGAUCUACCCUGUCGAAGACUGGGGUACAGAAUAUUACCUCUUCACCCCAAUGUUGGGUCCACUUGGUUCCUUUAAAGAGUUUUCGGUUGUUAACUAUGACACUCAAAAUUCGAUCGAGGUCCAGCUCAGUGGUGUGGUACUGUUUGAAGGAUCUUUUUACCCAAGAGGAAGCAAACUCACAUUUAACCUGAUGCCCAUGGAAAGCGCGCAGAUCCAAAGUCAGGACGAUCUCACAGGUUCAAGAAUCAAAUCCCAGCAACCCGUCGCAGUUUUUGCAGGCCACAGUUGUGCUUGGUUUUAUUCGACAUGCUCGCAUGUGUAUGAACAGCUUAUUCCUGUUAGCAACUGGGGAAAAGAGUUCAUGGUUGCACCUAUCAACUGUACAUCGCCACAGUUUCGUUUCGACACGGUUCAAAUCAUAGCCUCGCAAACAACUACAGUAAACAUCAACAGUCACAGCCCAAAGUUACCUAUAAAAAUGAUAGCAGGGGAAUCUUUAUACCUUAACUUAUAUUGGCCAGACUCCUUCCACAUCACCGCCGAUAACGUCAUCCAGGUUUUGUAUUUAUUUAAUGGAGGAACGAGACAGAACGGAGACACAAUCGAGCCUUUUCUGAUGACCAUCCUGCCAAUCGAUUUCUUUGGCACGUCGUACAUCCUAUACGGUCAAACUGACUUUACAAACCAAGCCGUUGCAAUAGCACAAACAAAAGACCUGGAUGGACUCACGUUCGAUAUGUUACGCCUGCCGCAAAAUCCUCAGUGGCAGCAAGUUGGUGCCAGUGAAUAUUCAUGGGCUCAGAUGACGUAUGCUCAAGGUUCUGGUUUCCAUACGGUAAGCGGUCCUAACCCCUUCGGCCUUUACAGCAUAGGAAUGGGUAACAAAAACGGUUAUGGGUCUGCAGCCCCUGGAACAUCAGCAGUGUCUUCCGCCACCUGUACCAUUUUUGGAGAUCCUCACUACAACACUUUUGACAAGAAAACCUACGACUUUCAAGGAACUUGCACGUACACGGCAGCUCAGGCCUGUCAUCUAGGAACAAAGCUCACUCCAUUCGCGGUCGUGGUGCAGAAUGCCUUGUGGGAUGAAAUUCAGAGCUCUCCGGAUGUUUCCAUGGCUAAAGUUGUGGUUGUUGAGGUUUAUAACCUCACUUUGGUGCUUAGAAGAAACCAACUGAAACAGAUAAUGGUGGACAACAUCUUGAACAACAUCCCUUUAAGUUUGCUCAACGGACAAGUCAAAGUCUUUCAAGAAGGCUUACACUACGCCAUCACGACAGACUUUGGCUUGAAGGUCACAUAUGAUAUGAUUUACCGCGUCACGAUCACGGUUCCCAGCGACUACGGCGAUAAAAUGUGCGGCCUCUGUGGAAACUACAAUGGAAACCCAAACGACGAGUACCAGCUGCCGGAGGGCAAGCAAACCACAGAUGUAAAUACAUUCGGUGCUGCGUGGAAAGUGCCUGUUGCUGGUGUCGUAUGUGACGACGGCUGCAUUGGAAACUUGUGUCCGAUUUGUGACCCACAAAAGAAGAUAAUCUAUGAAAAAGACUGCAGUAUCAUCACUGAUCCUAAAGGGCCUUUCGCAGCCUGCCACGGUGUGAUAAACCCCAUGUCAUACUUCAACGAAUGUGUGUAUGAUGUUUGCAUCGGUGAGGGAGAUCGGGACAUGUUCUGCCAAAGUGUUGGUUCCUAUGUGAUUGACUGCCAGGAUUUUGGAGUCGCAAUCCAAAACUGGAGAACACCACAGUUCUGCCCUUUAACCUGCCCUGCUAACAGUCACUACCAGAUAUGUGCUGUGAUCUGUGACACACCCUGCCCCGGGCUAACCGACAUAAUCACCUGCAAUGAAAACACCUGCAAGGAAGGCUGCGCCUGCAACUCUGGUUUCUAUUUCAACGGAACAGGCUGCAUACCAGUGGACAAAUGCGGCUGUUAUGAAAAUGGCGUUUCCUACGAGGUCAAUGGAAUGAAAGUUGCUCUACCAAAGCAACUGAACAAUAACAUUUCAGUUCAGCUGUCUGGUGAUGCUGUUGUGAUUAAGAUGUCUGCGCUCACAGUGACUUACAGCACACUGGCUUUCAUGGUAACAGUUAAUGGGCAGAUGGACGGCGUGUUGUGUGGUGCCUGUAGUCAGUUAAAUGCUGAAUAUCUCACUAGUAGUGGGAUGAACAUUUGGAGAGCCCCUGAUUUCCCCAUGUCAUGUGUUUAAAAUGUUAAAAUAUAGCUGUGGUUGACCUUGUACAAUGAAAAUUAUACAGAUAAAAACCCAUAAAUCCACCUUGCUUCAUAUCUCUAGGUAUCUCCUGUUUUUACCACAUGAGUGCCUACAUUGAUUUGUUCAUAAUACAUUUUGAUUUCUAUGACGCUUUCCACUUGAUGUUUCUGCAGAAAUACUACACAUAGGCUAAUGUGAAUGAUCAGAUUAAAGUGCUUUGUGAUGACUAUGGGCAUAUUAAAAUGAGCUCAUUUUAAGUCAAGGUAAGCCUACUUCUUGUGUUAAAAUGUUUACCAAAUUAAAAAUGUUCUUUUGUCUCAGAAUUCACAGUAAUGUGCAAUGUCAAUGAUUCGGUAACUUCAUUACUAUAAAAUUUUAUUAGUAGAUUUGUAAAGUUACAAUGUGUGAAGUCUAAAAAAUGCAUACUUA